AAAAAAUAAAUAAUUCUAUAUGUUAGCCUAAUAAAAAGUUGCAGUGAAUUUUGAUAUAUAAAUUUUGCGGCGAAUUCGUAUUUUGGAAAUAACUUUGAGUUGGUAGCUCUUGUAGUGGCACUGUUUCAGUGGCAAUAUAAAAUUGACGUGAAGGAAUUUUUGUUUACUCGGUUGAUUGUUUAGUUUAUUUAGACAUGGAAGCUAAGAAACGUAAAAGGGAUAGACCCAUUAAAAAGUGGUCGGAGGAGGAAAAUAUGGCAAUAUUAGAUUAUAUCUAUGAAAACGGAAACUUUGAGAAACCAACCGCGAAGCUGUAUUAUUUAAAGCUUUUAAAUGACAUAAAAAUUGAUUCGACAUGGGAUCUAGUGAAAUAUAAAAUGCGGUAUUAUAGAAGGUUGUAUGAAAAAGCAAAUCAAUGGAUGAAGUCAGGUAAAGCAGAUCCAACUGGAGACAAUAGCGAGAUCAAAGCUAUAGUUCAUAAAAUAUGUCCUCAUUAUAAGUUACUCUCGGAAAUAUUCGAAAAGAAAUCCCAAAAUGAUUCAGUUGUAAUGAGUAAUUCAGAGUUAGAGUAUGAAGACCCUUUAGAGUCGGAAAUUGAAGUAACGAUAAAGGAUGAAUAUGCAGAAAUCAGUACACCUUUAUCCUCACCGCAUCUAGAUCAAGAACAAGCCCAAUAUGAUUCCAUCGUCUCUCCCGAUGGUACGCCAGUACCAACAAAUUGGUCAGCUGAACUGCCCGGUACGUCCGGUGAAGUAAAUGCACACAAUAGCUCAGCAGAUCUUGCGAUGCGAAAGGAACCAAAGUCAGCGCUCAAUAAACUUGCAGCUUUGGAAGCAGAAAGAAUAAGUAUAACUUCAAAAAAACUGGAACAGGAGAACAAGCACUUUGAGCAAAAUUUGGAAUUACAAAAAGAAAAAUUUAAGUUCGAAAAAGAAAUUCAAAGAGAGCAUUUGCGUUUAGAAGAGCAAAAAAUUAAACAUGAGUUUGAAUUAAAAAAACUAGAAUUAGAACAAAAGGAAAGACUAGCAAUGAAGGAACUCGAUUUAAAAUACAAAUAUCUCAAGUGAAAAGAAAGAUGCCUUUAUUUAUUUAUAAUUAUAGAAAUGUUAUUAAAUUAUACAAAAAAA